AUGGGCACAGUGGAAGUCAUCUUAUCUUUCUUUGUAGUAGUUUUGAUGAUCGUGUCGUUGCUUUCCAACGUCCUGGUGCUGAUCUGCUUCCUCUGCAGCGCAGAGAUCCGCAAACAGGUUCCUGCGAUGUUUAUCAUCAAUCUGACCCUUAGCAACUUGUUGAUGACGGUGCUAAACAUGCCGUUGACUUUGGUGGGGAUUAUCAGCAAAGAGCAACCCGGAGUCGAUACUGUGUGCCGAAUAGUAGGCUUCCUGGAGACUUUCUUGGUCACGAAUUCCAUGUUGAGCAUGGCUGCUCUCAGUACUGACAGAUGGAUUGCUGUCGUUUUCCCUCUAAGUUACAAUUCCAAAAUGCGCUACAAAGACGCUGCCAUCAUGCUGAGUUACACGUGGUUCCACUCCCUCUGCUUUCCCGUGGUGGCAGUCUGCCUCUCCUGGGUCGGAUACAACCACCUGUACGCCUCCUGCACCCUCAGCCAAACCCGAACUGACGACCAGAUCCAGUUUGUGGUUUUUACUGUAGUUUUUCACACCCUCAGUUUCCUGCUUUCGCUAGUGGUGCUGUGUUUCACCUAUCUGAAAGUGCUGAAAGUGGCGCGAUUUCACUGCAAGAGGAUCGAUGUAAUCACCAUGCAGACUCUAGUCUUACUGGUGGACAUUCAUCCAAGUGUAAGGCAACGCUGCCUGGAAGAGCAGAAGCGACGAAGACAACGAGCAACAAAGAAGAUCAGUACUUUCAUCGGUACCUUUAUACUGUGCUUUGCACCUUAUGUAAUUACAAGGCUGGUGGAGUUAUCUGAGACAAUACCAAUCAAUCCAUACUGGGGAGUUCUUUCCAAAUGUCUGGCUUACAGCAAAGCUGUCUCAGACCCCUUUGUAUACUCUUUGCUGCGACAUCAGUAUAAGAAGACAUGGAUGGACAUUAUCAAUAGGCUACUGAAAAGAAGCUCCUUGAACUCCUCUGCACUAACAGGACACCCUUUGGCCCAUUAAGUCUUUGCUAGCUGCCCAACCAGAUCCGUUACUCCACUUACUUCCCUGGAACAAUUGAAGAUUACAGCAGCAUGAAGUUUCCUGAAGUCUAGUAUUUGAAUAGUGCCUGUGCAACCUUUGCUUUCAGUGAGACAAUAACGUCUACAGUAUGCUUAAUGGAUUUUUCAUUCUAUUGACAUAUUGUUGGGGCAAAACAUAAUGAUCAUUGAUUAUCCAAUAUAGGUGGUUUAACAGAUUUUAUUUGCCACUUAACUUUGAGACUUAAUCAAAUAUCCCUGUUAGUUUUAUUUCAUUAUAUUUCAUGUAUAGCUUUAGAUUUCUUGAUUAAUUAUGACUUUAAAAAACACUUGAAGUUUAUGACAAAGAUGGCUCACGUACAGUAAUGUUUUUGUCUCAUUAUUUGGCCAAUUAGCUAACGCAUCGUCAUAAAAAUUCGACUAUGUUUCUGUUUGUGAAAAGUUUAUGUGCAGUGGCGCAUUUUCCCUUGGCAGAGCUUCUACAGUGGUCGUCCGAGUGAUAUCUGCGGCUUAAUGUGUUUUUUUUUCAGCUAACAGUGCUGAAAAAUGAUCUUGUUCAUAGUGACCAAUGCAUUUGAAAGCCUGUUUGUGACUGCAGCAACAGAAUCUAUUGCUAACAUUGCAAUGCCAGUGUGGCAGUGCAUUCAUCUAAAGGCACGUUGAAACAGUGAACAAACUUUAACUGCCAAGAACCAGGCUGGAAAGUGUUUAACACAAUAUGAUGUAUGUUACAUCUGUGAUGUUAAAAGUGAUUCUGUGUGUAUGCAUAAAGAAAUAUUAGAUACUGUAUUCUAUUUUUCAUA